AUGAGGGUGAAGUUGUGGAAGAAGGAGGAGUUGUCGAAGAAGGAGAAGUUGUUGAAGUUGUUGGUUAAGGAAAUUGAGGCGCUGGAACGUCAGCAUAAGGUAGGGCUACAGACUCUGACCUUCCAAGCGUUGACCCAGAAGAGAGAGGAACUGAAGGAACUCUUUCAUUUGGAGCAGAAGCAGUGGUUCCGCAUGGUGGCCCAGAGUUGGCAUGAAUGGGGCAACAAGCCUGGCUGGCUGUUGGCUCGUUCGUUGCAACAGAAAAAAUCUGCCACCUUCAUCGCUAAAAUUAAAUCCCCCUCUGAUUCAUUGGUUUAUGAGACAUCUGCUAUAGCCAGUGAGUUUAGAACAUUUUACCAAGCCUUUUAUCAUGUUCAACAUACUGUUGAGGACAAGGAUGCUAGGGCUCAACUUAUUCAAAUAUACUUGCAACAAGCCAGACUGCCGUCACUUCCUGCAGACACUUUGGCGGCUCUGGAAGGGGAGUUUACCACCUCGGAACUAUGUGUUGCUCUGAAAGCCAUGGCUAAUGGGAAGGCCCCUGUUACAAAGAACCUCUUCCCCAGUACCAAUUCUAAACUCUCCAUUUCCUGCAGGGUUUACCAGAGAGAAUAUAGACAACUCCUGGCUUUUAUAUUUGCUAUUGAUGAAAUAAACCGCAGUCCAGACAUUCUGCCCAACAUAACUCUGGGAUAUCAUGUGUAUGAUUCUUGUGGACAUGUGAAUAAAGCUAUAAAAGACGUUCUACAGGUAUUGUCUGGACAUACAAAGGAAGCUCCAAAUUAUUCCUGUAUGGAGCGGGGUGCCCUGGCUGGUUUCAUUGGAGAUCUCAAUUCUGACACCACUCUCCAAAUGGCCCAGCUGCUGAGUCUAUAUGGUUACACCCAGGUAAGAAAAGCAGAAUUUUCUAUAUUAUGUAACGUCAGGACAGCAAGUCGUCUUAUGGUGAGGUGGGUCAAAAGGGUACAAAUAACCUUGGUGGUAAAGUAUAAGGUUGUUCUAAAAAAAGAAGGCAGUGCUGUGAUUAGUUACGGAGCCAGAGAUACUUUGCUGAGUGAUAGAAAGAUGUAUCCAAACUUUUUCCGGACAGUUCCGGAUGAUGAGAUGCAAUAUGUGGCCAUAGCAAAGUUACUGGAAAGGUUGAAGUGGAACUGGGUCGGGAUCCUUACAUCUGAUGAUGAAUACGGAGAGAGGGAGAUCCGACAACUCAGCAAACAUUUAUCUAACCAUGGAAUUUGUAUUGAAUUCAAGAUUCUGGUGUCUCUGUCCCGCUAUGUAAAAGAAGUCCAGUACAAGGAUCCGAACGGUGAGGUCAUGAUUUUUAAUGAUAAAGGAGAACUGGCCAGACCACUGGAAAUUGUAAAUUGGAUUACAAGAAUUAAAGAUAGAAAUAUCACUGAUUGGAUGCAUGUGGGUCACUUUGAUGGGUCCCUUUCAGAAGGUCAGCAACUUACACUAGAUCCAGAACGAAUAUCAUGGAAAGGAGACAAGACUUUUCUGCGGAGGUCCAUCGACAACGCAUCUGCUUCACGGAAGUCAGUCGGCGCCUACGGGUUCACCAAGUUUGCAAUGCCUCUAUGCUGUUGGAGAAGAUCAAGUUCACUUUUUCGAGGAACCCGAGACAGCUACUGCAUGGUUGGAUCGACUAGACCCUACCUGAGCUGUGAGCACUUUGAGGACUUCUACCCCUUUCAUCUCCCUCCCAUGUGCAGGGAGGCUGCCUAUGAAGCUCGGCUUCCCUACACUAUUAUAUCUGUACUUUUGCUCUUGAAUAGAUCAUAUAGCUCUAUAUUAUCUCAGGUCCCAAGAGGUCAAUGCUCCGAGGAAUGUCUUCCGGGGUUCAGAAAAUCUGUAAGAGAAGGAUAUCACCCAUGUUGUUAUAAUUGUGCUCCGUGUUCAGAAGGAGAAAUAUCAAACCAAUCUGACAGUGAACUCUGCAAGAAGUGUCCUGAAAAUGAAUGGCCUAACAAAGCUAAAACUAUUUGUAGUGACAAGGUCAUAGAGUAUUUAUCAUACGAGGAGGACAUUCUAGUUUUAUUUUUUUCUAUAACUUCAGUCAUAUUUGCUACAACAUCUCUCCUUAUACUUGGACUAUUUGUUUGGUUUCGGAGCACUCCCAUAGUCAGAGCCAAUAACCGGAACCUCAGCUUCAUUCUGCUCCUCUCCCUCAUACUGAGCUUCCUUUCUGUAUUCCUGUUCCUUGGCCGUCCUGUGGAUAUUACCUGUAUGCUGCAACAAGUCACUUUUGGAGUUCCCUUCACCAUCUCAGCAUCUUCUAUCCUCGCCAAAACCAUCAUGGUCUUCAUUGCUUUUAAAGCCACCAGACCUGGAAGCUCUUGUAGAAAAUGGGUGGGAGUCAAACUUCCCAAUACAGUCAUGUUAUUCUGCUCAUCCAUUCAGGUUAUGAAUUGCAUUCUCUGGUUGUCAAUCUCUCCACCAUUUCAGGAGUAUGACAUGGACUCCUAUCCUGGGAAGAUCAUCAUUCGGUGUAAUGAAGGGUCAGUUAUUGGGUUCUACUCUAUGUUGGGUUAUAUGGGGUUUCUGGCAGCUGUGAGUUUUCUUCUGGCUUUCAUUGUGAGGACAUUACCGGACAGUUUUAAUGAGGCCAAGUACAUCACCUUCAGCAUGCUGGUGUUCUGCAGUGUCUGGAUUGCCAUGAUCCCGGCCUAUCUGAGCACCAAAGGGAAAUACAUGGUGGCUGUGGAGAUAUUCGCCAUACUGACCUCCAGUGCUGGAAUAUUAUUGUGUAUGUUUUCUCCAAAACUCUACAUUUUACUUUUCAAACCUGAACUGAACACAAGAGGGACAAUGCUGGGGAAGAGAAUGAUGCAAAUGUAA